AAAAUCAAUCCUAUUUUAUGGCAUUGUUACGCAGAUGCCAUAAAGCUGCUGAGAAAGCUUCUUCGCGCACGCACACACGCAACUGUCAUCCGAAUGUAAAUAAACAAUAGUCGCAGUCGCUAGCCGGUUACAUCAAAUCGGUGUUUUUUCUGAUAAUUAUAAGUGAACGAUUUAACACUGCAAUCACCGUCUUCAUGUUCGCUAGCGUUCGAGCGAUCCAGCACAAAGUAGCACUGAAAGCACUCCUUCAGCAUCCGGUACGAUGGUAUUCGGAGCGGAACAUAUUAAAGCUGAAAGAGCGCGGCUUCAUACAGGACGUGUUUCCGGCAGAAACGAUUGACAAAGCCCGCACAAUGCUGGGUUCGAAGAGUCAAACCGUGUAUGCCGGGUUUGAUCCAACUGCCAAUAGUUUGCACGUGGGUAAUCUGUUGGUAUUGAUUGGUCUGCUACAUACCCAGCGUGCCGGCCAUCAACCUAUCGCACUGGUUGGCGGUGCUACCGGUUUGAUAGGUGAUCCUUCCGGGCGUAAAACCGAACGACAAUUGCUAGAAACGGAAACAGUACAGCAUAAUGUGUCCUGCAUUAAGCGGCAGAUUGAACAGAUAUUCUCAAACCAUGAGCGCUUUUUCUGGAAUAAGCCUGACACGUUAAAACCUGUUAUCGUAGUAAACAACGCAGACUGGUACCGACAGUACAGCUUCGUCGAUUUUAUGGCCAAUGUAGGACGAUAUUUUCGCAUGGGUGCGAUGCUAUCCCGUUCCUCUGUACAGACACGGCUUACCAGCGAAACAGGCAUGAGCUUUACCGAGUUUUCCUACCAGCUGUUCCAGGCGUACGAUUGGCUACAUUUGCUGCGCCACCACAACUGUCGGUUUCAGCUCGGUGGUUCGGAUCAGAUGGGCAACAUCAUGUCUGGUCAGGAGCUGAUCAGUCGCACCGAAUCGAAGGAAGUGUUUGGCCUAACGCUUCCACUCAUCACCAAUGAGGAGGGCGAUAAGUUUGGCAAAUCGGCGGGAAAUGCCGUGUGGCUGUCGGACGAACGUACCUCACCGUACGCGAUGUAUCAGUUUUUCGUGCGUACGCCAGACACCGAGGUAGACAAGCUGUUACGAUUGCUCACCUUUCUACCAGUGCAGACGAUCGAGCAGGUGAUGGCAAGGCAUCGUCGCACUCCGGAACUGUGGGAGGCACAGAAGCUGCUGGCGGCCGAGCUGACCAAGUUGGUGCACGGGGAAGAAGGAUUGCAGAAAGCGAUCGGCAUCAGCAAUGCGCUGUACAAUGGUGAUCUGUCGACGCUCGAGCUGCUGGAGAUAAAGGACAUAGCGCAGAGCUUCGGUGGUGCACCGCUGUGUGAGAUCCUGCCGGAGCCGGGCAUGACGGUGGUCGAUGUUGCGCUUCGAGCGCGUUGCUUUCCGAGCAGAACAGAUGCGGAACGGAUUAUCACUGCCGGUGGUUUUAGUAUCAAUUUGAAGAAAGCUAAAAAUCCCUCAGAAGUACUGUCGCCAUCAGUUCACAUCCUUUCGAACAGGAUAUCGUUGUUGCGGGUAGGCAAGCGAAAUUAUUACAUUGUCAAAUGGUUGCUGUAAUCGUUAAACCAAAUGAAAAUAAAGUAAGAAUGUAUAGAUCACUACUCGUACCUCAACGAGAAUGUUGUAGUCAAAUGUGUUAAUAUAGAAAUG